AUGGCCACCUUUACGGCUCAUGACAGGAUAAUUAACACAUUAGCAUGUGUUGUUGCAUUGAGAUCAUGGACCAUGCACCCUGACAAAAGUGAAAAAGGGAUAAAAUUUAUCAGAGAAAAUAUGGACAAGUUUGAAGAUGAAAAUGCUGAGCAUAUGCCUAUUGGGUUCGAAUUAGCAUUUCCAUCACUUAUAGAAAUAGCCAAAAAGCUGGAAAUUGAUAUCCCAUAUGAUUCUCCAGUCUUGAAAGAAAUCUAUGCCCGAAGAAAUUUAAAGCUCACAAGGAUACCAAAAGACAUAAUGAACAAGGUGCCCACAACAAUACUCCAUAGCCUGGAAGGAAUGCCAGACUUGGAGUGGCAAAAGCUAUUAAAAUUACAGUCAUCAGAUGGGUCAUUUCUAUUUUCACCAUCCUCCACUGCCUUUGCACUCCAGCAGACCAAAGAUGAUAAUUGCCUCAAAUAUCUAACAAAUGCUGUCAAAAAAUUAAAUGGGGGAGUUCCCAAUGUCUAUCCUGUCGACUUGUUCGAGCACAUUUGGGUUGUAGACAGGUUGCAACGACUAGGAAUUUCUCGAUUUUUCCAGAAAGAAAUUGAGGGAUGUAUGGACUAUGUUCACAGGUAUUGGACAAAUAAAGGAAUCUGCUGGGCAAGAAAUUCUGAAGUUCAAGACAUUGAUGACACGGCAAUGGGUUUCAGACUACUGAGGUUGCACGGUUACGAAGUUUCUGCAGAUGUAUUCAAACACUUUGAGAAUGGUGGAGAGUUCUUCUGUUUUGUUGGACAGUCGAACCAGGCUGUUACAGGAAUGUAUAAUCUGUAUAGGGCUUCUCAGGUGAUGUUUCCUGGAGAGAACAUACUUGCAGAAGCAAAGCAAUUCUCAGCCAAUUUUUUGCAAGAAAAAAGAGGCAAUAAUGAGCUACUGGAUAAAUGGAUUAUAACCAAAGACCUACCAGGAGAGGUAGGAUAUUCAUUAGACACGAUGUCUGGAUUGGCAAAACCUAUACUUGCAGAAGCAAAGCAAUUCUCGGCCAAUUUUUUACAAGAAAAAAGAGCCAAUAAUGAGCUAUUGGAUAAAUGGAUUAUAACCAAAGACCUACCAGGAGAGGUAGGAUAUUCAUUAGAUGUUCCAUGGUACGCUAGCUUACCUCGAAUAGAAACAAGAUUUUACUUGGAGCAAUACGGUGGUGAAGACGAUGUCUGGAUUGGCAAAACCUUGUACAGGAUGGGAUACGUUAACAACAACACGUAUCUUGAGCUAGCAAAGUUGGACUACAAUACUUGCCAGGAAUUGCACCAGCUCGAGUGGAGAAGCAUUCAGAAAUGGUACAGUAAAUACGAAAUUGGAGAGUAUGGAAUGAGCGAAAGAAACCUUCUCCUAGCAUACUAUUUGGCUGCUGCGAGUUAUUUUGAGCCGGAGAAGUCGAAAGAGCGGCUAGCUUGGGCUAAAACCACCAUUUUAAUGGAGACCAUUGCUUCGCAUUUUGGCCAGAAACCUAAUCACAAACAAACCUUUAUUGAUGAGUUUUUACAUCGAAACAGCCUCGAUUAUGCAAAUGGAAGGAGAACAAGACACAGACUGGUAGCCACUCUACUGAGAACCCUAAAUCAGCUCUCAUUGGACACCUUGUUGGCUUAUGGAAGAGACAUUCAUCAACAACUGAAUCAUGCUUGGGAAAAGUGGAUGUGGAGCUUGGAAGAAGGUGACAUGGGCCAAGGAGAAGCAGAGCUACUCGUGCGUACACUGAACUUGACUAGCGAUCUCAAUAGUCGCUGGACGUCUGAGAAAUUAUUAUUAUCUCAUCCUAAAUAUAAUCGACUCUCGGAUAUCACCAAUAGAGUCUGUCACCAACUUCGUCUGUAUCAAAACAAAAAGGUACAUGGUACAAAUGGUUGCAUCAAUGGUAUGGCAAACAUCACAACCGUUGAAAUAGAAUCAGAUAUGCAAGAACUAGUAAAAUUAGUUCUUACCAAAUCCUCAGAUGACAUUGAUACCAAUAUUAAGAAAACAUUUCUUGAUGUUGCUAGGAGUUUCUACUAUGUUGCCAAUUCUAGUCCUGGAACUGUAAAUUUUCAUAUUGCCAAAGUGCUCUUUGAAAGAGUACUGUGA